UCAUUGUAAAAACGGAGGAAACUCCUCUGCAAUCAUUGUGCAACACCGGACCAGCUUUACCAAUAUUACAAGCUGGUCUAUCUGUACAACCCGACUGCGUUAAUUUGUGCAGGCUGUACCGAAUGCACACGAAAUAGUACUGUUGUCGGGGUCCACCCCCAGUAUCUGAGUAUGAGUACAGAAGAUUAUGACUACCUGUUUAAAAUUGUGCUGAUUGGAAAUGCAGGAGUUGGGAAGACUUGCCUUGUCCGGCGGUUCACUCAGGGCCUUUUCCCUCCUGGGCAAGGGGCCACCAUCGGGGUGGACUUCAUGAUCAAAACGGUGGAAAUAAAAGGGGAAAAGGUCAAGCUUCAGAUUUGGGACACAGCUGGACAGGAGAGGUUCCGGUCCAUUACGCAGAGCUACUACCGCAGUGCCAACGCUCUCAUUCUCACCUACGACAUCACCUGCGAGGAUUCUUUCUGCUGCCUUCCAGAAUGGCUGAGGGAGAUCGAACAAUAUGCAAACAACCAAGUUGUCACCAUCCUAGUCGGGAACAAGAUUGACCUGGCGGAUAAGCGGGAGGUGGUGAGGCAGAGAGCGGAGGAGUUCGCUGAUACGCAGAGCAUGCUCUACCUUGAGACGUCCGCCAAGGAGUCCGACAAUGUGGAGAAGCUCUUCCUGGACCUGGCUUGCGAGCUCAUUCGCGAGGCCAAGCAGAACACGCUGGACAACAGUGAGAACUCACCCAUGCCUGGCGAGGGGAAGAGCAUCAGCUAUCUGAGCUGCUGUAGCCUCAACUGAAGGGUGGGGUACGUUCAGGAAAAUGGCCGAUGCAACACUCUCUUGGCUGUUACCUUGGAUGGAGGGGUUGGGAGGGGGGGUGUGGGGGGUGGGGGUGUGGGUGAUGGAGUUGGUGCUCUCUUACGACCUCUGCCCAGCUGUGGACAAGUUACACGUGCUGUUGCCACCGAGGUUUGGUUUGUUUGCUUGUGUAUUUGUGAUAACCCUCCUGUGAACUGUAGGGUGUGUUUCUGUUAACAAAGAAAAAAAAAAGGCGUCCCUUAGAUUCACCCCUAAAGAAAACAUUAAAAGAAUGUUGAGAAGAUACAGUUCAUGCUGCUGACUCUAAGGGGCGCUGUGUCCCCCUGAACUGAAAGCAAAGGGAACAACUCCAUGCCUUUUUCGCCAGAUCAUGCAAGUUUAGUCAUUCUUUUUUGAAGAUUCGCUCAGAGAGUAAAAAUUGCUAGAGAUGUUUUGCAGGAAUUAAUUGUAUGUACCUCUGCUUAGUGUAGUGGAUGGCCCACAGUCAUUUUUCGUGUGUGUCGGUGUCGGUGUGUGUGUGUGUGUGUGUGUGUGUGUGUGUGUGUGUGUGUGUGUGUGUGUAUAUGUGAGCAAGAGAUCACAGAAAACACAGGUCUUCACCAGCAGUGUCACCCCCAUGACGAUGAUUAUGAUGGUAUUGAGGAUGAGUCAGAGCAUCUUCAUAGGUUAUGUGACUCUCACAUGCUCAAUUUUGACAUGAUGAGGUCUGCUCUCGUGUGCCAUCAUGUAACCCACCAACAUGAGUCACACAUGUUCCCCCCGAUGCACUUGUCACAAAAACACUCUUGUUAGUCAACAGAAUGAAUACCAAUCGGGCAACAAAAUAUAUUUGUAGGCACUCUUAAGGACCGUCACCCAAAAGUGACCUGACCUUUUUUUUGGUGGGGUGUAAGCUGUCUCAUUUUCAAAACUGAAGAAAAGAAUGAAUGGUCUCAUCUGAUGCUUCACCCCAGUGUGGCGAUUCUUUGAUGGUAUAUACACAAGAACACUAAUAGCGGCCCAAGUACAAUAGCAUCAAUACCAGCCCUGUUUUCCCCUUUUUACAGUAUUAUUUUACAAGUUAUGUUUGCGCUGUAUUACAUUGUUGUUCUUCUGCCAUUGUUGAGAGUGCUUGAGAUGUUGUGCACGUGGUGGAAUAUGUUAUUUUCAGCCAUUUUGAGGUUACUGUACUGUGAUAUAGUACUGUAGUGUAUUGAUGAUCUACAGCACAAUCAUUAUGCCAUUUAACUGCCGUUUCUACAAAACAAACCAUGUAGACUAGAUGUUUGUUUGUUUUGCAUGGUGCUUUCGUGGAGCAUUUAGUGUGAUAUUCUCUCCAGUCCUUGGAUCUUCAGUGGGUGAAUUAAGUGUACCUCUAGGUUACUCAUAUAACAUUGAGUAUAAUGUACUUUCCUGUCUCUUUUAUUGCACCAGUGUAUUUGAAAUGGAACUGUGAAUUUUUCUUAUCCUUUAACCAACCCAUUUUUUUUCCCCCAAUCGAAAGACCCGCUGCUAAAAACAGUUUCAUGCUUCAUGCUAGCAUGGAGACCGUUUCUGACACACUUUGAUACAGUGAUAUAGUGUAGUAGUUGGGACAUGUUUCCACAUGCUCGGCUGUGGCAUGUAGAGUGCCAUUUAUUCUUACUUCAUCCAACCUGUACGAAAGGAACAGCUGUUGUGUUUUUAUAAACAUUUUUGUCACUCCAUAAAUGUAAUUAGGCUCCUUUUAAAACCAGCGUGUGUGGCCGUUUUCCAGGGACUUGUCAAGAGAUGUUCUCUAUCAUCAACAUUAUUCCUCCUCUUCACAGUUUCUUUUAUGUGACAUUGUUAGUGAGAAGGAUGAUAUUUAUGCCUUUGUAGUUGCCUCACCACAAUCUGAAAUUGCCAUAUAUUUUCUAUUAACAAGUUUUAUUUGAAGGUAAAAACCUUUUAUAGUUUUGUAUAUACAACUUUUUUUCUUGUGUACUAUUCGCAGUGGCAUGACAGGAGCUUCCAAUGCGCUCAGUGCCAGGUAUAGUCUAUAUAGCUUUAUUUUGUAGGAUCAGUUAAUUGUCAUUGCCAUACAGUCAGGUGAUGUAUAACAGAAGUAUACCAGUGUGGUUCAAUGGUAAGGUUGCUUUUACAUGUGAAAUGUUCCUAUUUUUAACAUACCUUUCAUAAUUUUGUCUAUUAAUGAUGGUAGACUUUUUAUGGACCAUUAUUUCACGAAAUUAUUAUUUCGUAAAAACCUAAUGUUCUCAAGGUUAGAGAUGUCCUUUGUGCUGUAAGGACACAAUCUCCAAAUGUUCCUUGUAUACACAAUACAUGUAUGGAUCCAAUUGAUUUGGUUUGAUAUUUCCUACCUUUUAUGGUUAAAAAUGUUCAUUAUGGGGUUGUAGUACAACUACUAAGUGCGUAGAUGCAAGGGAUACAUACCAGUAGCUUAAUUUUUUAAAUAGUAAAAGCUGUUAAUCAUGUAUUUCUUUUUCAGUCACUGCUUAUUGUAUGUAAGUAAAUCUCUAAGCUGCCACAAUAAAGUAAUGGCACUAAUA